UGCUUCCCUAUUAAGAAGCGAUUCCCCAUCCACAUCUCUCUCACGUUCCUUCAUUGGUUCGCACGAAUUCUGUCUGACAGUUCGCAGAUAGUCCUUAAAUUUAAGUGAAAAAUGUCGGCGUACGUUGCAAGGAAAGGACCCAAAGUCUUCUCUGCCUUCGGAAAGUGGGCGUACAACCUGUCUGGUUUUAAUCAAUACGGUCUCCACCGUGACGACUGCCUCUACGAAACGGAGGAUGUAAAGGAAGCUAUCCGUCGUCUGCCACGCAAAUUAUACGAUGAGCGCAACUACAGAAUUAUGCGAGCCAUUCACUUGUCAAUGACCAAGACCAUUUUGCCCAAGGAAGAGUGGACAAAGUACGAGGAGGACACAAAAUACCUGGAACCAUAUCUUCAGGAGGUCGUAAAAGAGCGUGAAGAACGCGAAGAUUGGAAUAAAGACCACUAGAAGUGGCUGGUGUGCAGUGUAAACGAAUAUUGGUGGAAUAAAUUAGAUAAUUAUAUUUAA